AUGCUUGGCCCUUUAUUGUUUCUUGUAUAUGUGAAUGAUCUGCCCGAAAAGUCCACCACAUCGUCUGUUGCUCUGUUCGCUAAUGAUACCAAGUGUUAUCAUGCCAUAAGAACAACAGAUGAUGUAAAAGCUCUCCAAUGUGAUCUGGAUGGAAUCAGCCAAGGGUGUCGGACGUGGCGCAUAAACCUUAAGGAAACUAAGUGUGGAGUUCUUAAGGUAACAAGGAAUCUCAAACCCGUGCAGUCAUCUUACCAUCUCAACAACGAUAACUCAGCCAACUCAACGGUCAUCUGUAAGAGGCUUGUUCAAAAAGAUCUUGGCGUUCUCAUCACUGCAGAUCUCAAAUGGAACCAACAAGUCUCUGCUGUAUGUGCGAAAGAAAACAGAAUGCUUGGGUUCGUAAAAAGGUCCUCCAUUAUGAUGCAUGAUCCUCGUACACGUACCGCACUUUAUAAACGUUAGUACGAAGUCGUUUCGCGUACAGCUCCCAAGUCUGGUCCCCGCAGUCUGUGUCUUUAAUCCUCGAAGUCGAGAAGAUUCAAAGACGUGCAACGAGAUUCAUCCUAUCGCUGCCAUUUAG